AGCAAUGCAAAUUUUCUUUUCGUCCGGUGUUGGCGGGGGCAGUGUAGUCACAAUGGCCAGUUAUAACAAAUUCAACAGCAACUGCCAAAGAGACUCCGCUAUAAUUUCAAUCAUGAAUGCUGCUACGAGUGUGUUUGCUGGUCUUGUGAUCUUCUCGGUUGUUGGAUUUAUGGCUCACGAGACUGGUGAGAGUAUUGAGCGCGUUGUUACUCAAGGUCCUGGACUUGCUUUUGUUGUGUACCCAGAGGCUGUUACGAAACUCCCGGCUUCUCCUGUGUGGUCUGUGUUGUUCUUUACAAUGCUUCUAACGUUGGGUGUGGGUAGUAUGUUUGUGACGAUACAGUCAAUAGCAAUCUGUAUAACAGACGAAUUUAACCUGACUAGUAGGAAAACACUUGUGACAGCCAUUAUAUGUGUAGUAGAGUUCCUCUUGGGGAUUCCUUUAAUAAUGCAGGGUGGCAUGUAUGUCUUACAAGUGAUGGACUGGUACAGCAUACCAUUUGUCGUAAUGAUUAUAACGUUUACUGAGUGUGUUGCAAUUGCAUGGAUAUAUGGCACGAACCAAUUUUCUAAAGAUAUUGAACUUAUGAUUGGUUCAAAACCAUCAAUUUUGUGGAGGAUAUGUUGGCGAUUUGUCACUCCAGGACUUGUAUUGUUUAUAUUUUGCUUCAUCGUCGUCACUCACGUGCCUGUGACGUAUGGGAGUUAUACGUAUCCCGAUUGGGCAAUUGGUGUGGGUUGGAUGCUUGCAGUUGUAUCAUUUGUACCAAUACCCUUGUUUGCAUGCUAUCGUAUAAUGACUACAGUUGGAAAAAGUUUAAAAGAACGAAUCCAGUAUUUGACAAUGCCUGAGCCAAGUUGGGGUCCAUCUCUGGAGAAAAACAGAGCAUUGUAUAUUGAGACACUUAGUGAGAAAAGGAAGAGACACAUGUUGGGUCAUAUAGAUUUGGACAUGGUUUCGACUCCAUUAGGCAAUGAUAAAUUAUAGAAUGAUACAGGUCGAUAGUAUUCGUCUUACCGAAAUAUGUUAAUUGAUAAUGGC